AUGGCGGCGGCUGAGGGGAAGGCGGCGGCGGGGAGCGCCUCGGCCCCUGCCCUGGAGCCCGCCUCGCCCCCCGGCGCCGGGGACGGCCCGGCGGUGGCGGCCGCGGGGGCCCUGGGUCUCACGGACCUGCCCGGGGAGCUGCUGGAGCUGAUCCUGUGCUGCCGCUCGCUGGGCGCCGCCGACCUGGGCCACGUCGCCUGCACCUGCCGGCGGCUGCGCGAGCUGUGCCAGGGCGGGGGCAACGUGUGGCGGCGGCAGUUCCGAGAGAGGUGGCCCUCCCUCCUGAAGUACUACAGUCACACCGAGGGUGUGAACUGGCUGGAGGAGUACAAAGCUCGCCAGAGUGCGGGCUUGGAAGCCCGAAGGAUGGUCGCCUCCUUCUCUAAGCGGUUCUUUUCAGAGCAUGUCCCUUGUAAUGGCUUCAGUGACAUUGAGGACCUUGGGUGCCCAGGACACUUUUUUGAGGAUGAACUGAUGUCCAUCCUUAAUAUGGAAGGAAGGAAAGCUCUGACCUGGAAGUACUAUGCCAAGAAGAUUCUUUAUUUCCUACGCCAGCAAAAGAUCCUGAAGAAUCUGAAGGCGUUCCUUCAGCGGCCUGAGGACCACGAAUCAUUUCUAGAAGGUGCUGUAUUAAUUGACCAGUAUUGCAACCCUCUUGCUGAUAUCUGCCUAAAAGAUAUCCAGUCCCAAGUCGAGAGCAUUACAGACCAAGUUCGCAAAGUCCUUCGUGGGAAGAACUGUCGCCACCCCAGCUUGGCCUUCAAGGCAGGUGGGGCCAUGAUAACUGAAGGUGAGCUCCAGAGCCAGGUCCUCGAGGCCAUCAACUGUGUCCUUUAUGAUCAGCUCAAAUACAGAGGGAACCGAAUGGAUUACUACAAUGCCCUGAACCUGUAUAUCCAUCAGGUUUUGGGCCGAAGAACAGGAAUUCCAAUUAGUCUCUCGGUGCUCUAUCUAACCAUCGCCAGACAGCUAGGAGUCCGACUGGAACCGGUCAAUUUCCCUAGUCACUUCUUGCUAAGAUGGUGUCAAGGUAUUGAAGGGAGCCAAGAUAUUUUUGACUACAUCUACAUCGAUGCCUUUGGGAGAGGAAAGCAGCUGACGGUGAAAGAAUGUGAAUAUCUGAUUGGCCACCACGUGACCGAGGAGUUCUACGGGGUUGUUAGCUCUAAGAAGGUAUUGCAGCGAAUGGUGGGAAACCUCUUAAGCCUGGGAAAGCGGGAAAGCACGGAUCAGUCUUACCAGCUCUUAAGGGACUCCUUGGAUCUGUAUCUGGCCAUGUAUCCAGACCAUGUACAGCAUCUCUUGCUCCAGGCCAGGCUCUACUUCCAUUUGGGAAUUUGGCCAGAAAAGGUGCUAGACAUCCUGCAGCACAUCCAGACCUUGGACCCCUCCCAGCACGGGGCAGUUGGCUACUUGGUACAGCACACCUUGGAGCACAUUGAGCGAAAGAAGGAGGAGAUUGGGCUGGAGGUGAAGCAUCGUUCUGAAGAGAAGCACCGUGACGUUUGCUACUCCAUCGGGCUCAUCAUGAAACAUAAGAGGUACGGCUAUAACUGUGUGAUCUAUGGCUGGGACCCAACCUGCAUGAUGGGGCACGAGUGGAUCAGAAACAUGAAUGUCCACAGCCUGCCUCAUGGCCACCAUCAGCCCUUCUAUAACGUCCUAGUGGAAGAUGGGUCUUGUAGGUAUGCAGCCCAAGAAAAUCUGGAAUAUAACAUGGAGCCUCAAGAAAUCUCUCACCCUGAUGUUGGUCGCUAUUUUUCAGAGUUUACUGGAACUCAUUAUGUAGCCAACACAGAGCUGGAAAUCCGGUACCCAGAGGAUUCGGAGUUUGUAUGUGAAACAGUGCAGAGUAUUUACAGUCCCAAGAAAGAGGACAAGGAGUGAGGGUGGACAGUGGACGGUGGCUGAGCGCAUGCGCCUCUGCCGCAGCGGCUGCUCUCUCCUCCGAGGACUGGCUUCUGGGAGCACAUUGGUGCUUGGGCUCCUUCUCCAACCAGGAAUUGCACUUCUUAACCAAUGAUCUUGGCUACCUUCUAAGUUAAAUAGUCCUACUGCGUGCUAGCUCUCCGAGACGAAGAUGACGUCCCUGCCUCCAACACAAGCGUGAUCAUUUGGAAGGCAGGAUGGUCGGUCGGUGACGUGGCUUGUCCUGGGGAGACGAUUUCUUAGAAAUUAUUGUUCUCAAGGUCUUAUGGUCAGCACUACAUUUAGGCUCCUAACCGUUUUUUUAAAUCUUGUGCUUAAUGUAGUUUGUGUCUAUGAGGAUUUAAUUUUUUGAACAAGAAGGGGUUCUAUGUGUUUAUAAGAAUUUUCUAAAUCUAAUUUCCCUUGGAGUUGGUGCAAUUGUAAGUCAAAUUUGUCUUAUUUAUCCACAAGUUUAAUUAAACAUUUGGAAGUUAUCUUGUAAGUGAUCCCAGGAAUGUGGCUGGAAAGUACUUGGGUCUCUCUUUCCAGAGACCUCAGUGAGUUUAGCAGCCGUCUGAACUUUCUUCCUGAUCUGUGAAACACAGGCAAUGGGAAGUGUCUUCUCCAGCUCAUGAGGAGUUGUGCCCAUUUUCCUGCUCUCAGUUCCUUCUCCUAGCUCGUGGGUUCCUGUCCUUACCCCUACAGCAGUUGCUGUAGUCCAUUCCUAUCACAGUAAGCUAUUUCAAGAACAUUCAUGAGAGAAAUCUGCUCUGAGUUUUUCUAUAUGAACUCAAUACUGUUGCCUUUAAACUGUUUAAAUUCGGUAAAUGAGACUGCUCUUCCCCCAGGAAGUGAUCGUUGCCAAGGGCUCAGUUCAGUAAUCGCUCACUUUCCCCAGCAUGGACGAGUGUCCGUCUGCUGCUUAAAGACCAGUUGGGUUCCUUCUCAUGACACCUAACCCCCCAAGACCUAAAAAAGGCAGUUGCUGACCUGUCUCACUUUUGACCAGAACAGCCUGCCAGAGAAGGAAAAGGAAAUGAGCUGUCUCAUACCCCUUAGUAAGUACCUAGGGCCAGAAAAGCGUCGGGACAAGCAAACUAUAAUUAAGUGGCUUGGGGAAAGUCUGGAAUAGUAAACCAGUAGUCUGCUGUUGUCUUCUUCAAGAUUUACUUAGCUUUGGAAUGUGGAGGCGCCAAACAUUUACACAGCUUUGUCACUUAUUUGAUAGACCCCUGUGCUUUGAAAAGCUUGGCAACCCUCAGAUGAGUUAAUGCCAUCUUUAAGGGGAGUGGGUGCUGCUGCUGGAGUCAGCGUCUAAUCCUUGUGCCUGUAAGCUUAAGGCAUUACAAUUUCCGUAGUGAAAAUAAGGCUCUGGGGGAGGGGGAGGUGCGCUGCCCACUCCUCCACAUUCUGGCUGUUGACUUGCAUGCACUAUUUCUCAGUGUGUUGAUGAAUAUUUUAUGUUUACACAGUAAAACCCUGGGGACCACAGCAGCCCUGGGGAAGGCCACCGGAGACCACAAGAUACUAAAUGAAGGCCACGUAGCAUUAGACAACCUCACGGAGACCAUGGCCACGCAGCUCCCACCAGCUCCAAAGGGGGCUCUGGCCACUCUCCAUAUCCCUCUUGUGUCCAGACUAAAGGCAGGUCACUUGGACUGGAGUUUGAAAGUGUGAAAGUCAAUAAUCUUCCAGGGAGACUCUUUUGAAAAGCCUGUCCUGCUUAAGAGGGAGCACUUGACAAUGACAUCUUAUAGAAGUAAAGAUCAGAAUAUGGUUGCUUUUGACUUUGCUGAGACAAUUGUAAAUAUGUAUUUAGACUGUUUUUAAAUGUGCUCCUUAAGUGACCCUUCAUUUGGUUCCAGGAAGUUGUCCUUUGGGCACUUUAUAUUUUUCUAAAAGUCUGUUUUGGACCCAAUAUGCCAAUAAAUCGUAAGUUUUCUCUUUAAAAGUUGCCAAAACCUUUGUCCACUUUAAAGCAGCCUGUUACAUUAAUCUGUAAAUAGAACCUUUACAGUGUUAACAAAUGUUAAAUGUUUAGGCAUAUUUUCAUCCCUUUUCCCCAAGUGAAUACAAACAUUUGAAUUUUGAGAUGUAAUUAACAAAUGGCUAAUUUCAUCCAGACUGUCAACAAAGGUGACCUACCAAAUUUCACAUGCCUACAACCUAGAAGUGACAUGAGUAAAAUACCUCACCUUUUCUGGCCUAAAAAUGGCCCCCAAAAAUGUAUUCUGUACUAAACUCUGUAUAACACUGGAGACAAGUGGGGUAACUUUGCAUGUCUGAUUUCACUGAAGGAUUAAUAUUUACAAGCCUGUGACUAAUCAUUCGGAAUAAAUGUUUGUAAUGCAAAAUUUUACAGCUUUUUAAUUAUCACAUCGGGUGGGUGGAUGUCAUAAAAUAAGUGGUAGAAAGAGUAAGGCUUUGGUGUUCAGGCACAUUUAACUCAUUGCAGUAACUUGGUCAGUGACUCUUGUGUUCCAGACAAGCUCCCAGGCAGCCGCCCUUAAGGCAGCAAGACUUGGAUGGGAGAAAGUCAAUCUUGUUGUUCUGAUCAGCGUGUAAGUUGUAAUUCGGUUUAAUUCUGUCUCCCUUGCCUGUGUGAUUGGUUCUUUCUCUCGGGUCUUCAAAGACAGAGGCAUUUUAUUUAGAAAGUACUGUCUAUCAAUCAUUGUUACAUUUUUCAAUGUCUCCAUAAAUCUGUGUGCUUGCAGGGACAGGCACUUCCAAUUCUGGAUUGUCUCACUUUCACAGUAUUAAUAAAAUUGUGUCAGCA